UUCUGAGAAAAAAAGACGCAGUAAACCGUGUCAGCUGACUCCCAGCAUCACUUACAGCCAACACACACUGCAUUCUGUAUUCAAAACGGAAAAACAGCACACUUUGAUCGAGUUCGGUGUUAUGCUACCUAGAGUACAUUUUGAUGAAGGGACAACUCCUUCGCUAUGGCGGCAGAAAUACACCCAAAACCGCAGGCUCGUACACCCAUACUGUUGAGUAAAAUCGAGGCUUCUCAAGAUGUGGUGAACACGGCGGUCAUCAUUCCAAAAGAAGACGGGGUUAUUAGCGUGUCGGAAGACAGAACAGUCCGGGUAUGGCUGAAGAGAGAUGGUGGUCAGUACUGGCCAAGUGUGCACCACACCAUGCCAGCUCCCUGCUCCUGCAUGUCCUUCAACCCAGAGACCAGGAGGCUGUCAGUGGGCAUGGACAGCGGAGAGGUGUCUGAAUUCAUCGUGUCUGAGGACUACAACAAGAUGACCCCGGCACUGAGUUACCAGGCUCACCAGGGCCGAGUGACAGUGGUUCUGUUUGUCCUGGAGAUGGAGUGGGUCCUCAGCACUGGACAGGACAAGAGCUUCACCUGGCACUGCUCUGAGAGUGGCCAGCAGCUGGGCAGCUACCGCACUUCUUCCUGGGUCACAGGCCUACAGUUUGACGUGGAGACACGACAUGCCUUUGUGGGCGACCACUCUGGUCAAGUGACCAUUCUGAAACUGGAGCCCGAAAGCUGCAGCCUGGUCACCACUUUUAAAGGUCACACAGGCAGUGUGACAGCUCUCUGUUGGGAUCCGGUCCAGCGCGUCCUUUUCUCGGGGAGUUCCGACCACUCCAUCAUCAUGUGGGACAUCGGGGGUGGGAAGGGCACGGCCAUCGAGCUCCAGGGGCACAAUGAGAAGGUGCAAGGACUGUGCUAUGUGCCUCACACACGGCAGCUCAUCUCCUGCAGCUCAGAUGGAGGCAUCAUUGUCUGGAACAUGGACGUGACACGACAGGAGACCCCUGAAUGGCUAGACAGUGACUCGUGUCAGAGGUGUGAGCAGCCCUUCUUCUGGAACUUUAAACAGAUGUGGGACAGCAAGAGGAUCGGCCUGCGGCAGCACCACUGCAGGAAGUGUGGCCAGGCUGUGUGUGGGAAGUGCUCCUCCAAGCGCUCCACUAUUCCCCUCAUGGGGUUCGAGUUUGAGGUGCGGGUGUGUGACAGCUGCCAUGUCUCCAUCACCGAUGAGGACCGCGCCCCCACAGCAACAUUCCACGAUAGCAAGCACAGCAUCGUACAUGUGCACUUUGAACCCACACGGGGCUGGCUGCUGACCUCCGGCCCUGACAAGGUCAUCAAGCUAUGGGACAUGAGCCCAGUGGUGUCCUGAGGGACCUAUGCCACCCCUCGUUCUCUGAGAGUGGGGCAAUGUUCAUGUGUCAUCAGAACAAGAGAACGACAGGAGCAAAAAAACAAUGAACACCUGAGCAUCUGAACAGAAAUUGAAAGGGAGCUGUGAAGCACAGGAUCUCAUGACUUCCUGUUUUCUGAGCCUUGUCUUUGGUUUGUUCUUUGGGUUUUUCCUUCAUUACUGUCCUUUCUUAACCCUGAUCUCUGAUAUGUGUUAUACCGAUCUCUGAUUGGCUGUCUUCACUGUGAAGGGGAAGAACUUGCCGUGUUUGCCUACUGCUUUUCGUUUUUGACUUUUGGAAUGAAAAAAAUAUGAAACAGAAGGUCUACUGUUUCAAUGGUUGAUUUUUUGAAGGCGUGGGAUGGGAGAAAAUGGAGUGCUUGCUUUUUCUCUGUGACCAUUACUGUACGGGGGUGACUUGAAUUGGAGGACUUGCAACCCCCCCCUCCGUGAAUUUGUGAAUUUAACGCUGUGAACAACCAAGAAUCACAUGGGUGAAACUGACGUGGCUUUCAAGCGGAAAGCCAGGAUGCACGGUUUACUGUCUUCGUUCUUCCCAGAAGAAGCGGGGCUCUCCUGGAAGUACUGAUCAGUGGGGGAAUGCUUUUUUUGAAGGGAAUGGAGACUGCAGUGACACACUACUGUACUGAAGCACCCAGGAAACCUUGACUUGAUGUUGGUGGGAGAUCAGAAUGUGUCAGCUUCUUAGGGGGUUGACUGUUUUUCAUUAAUCAACAAGAUUCAUGUUUUAUUUUUCAUCUGUGCUGUCUGGCAUUUGAAAUGCUCUUCAGGAGUUAGUGUAGACCAGCAUUUCUCAUCUGCUGUUUCAAACGUGCAUAUGGAUUUUAAUUUAUGCCAGGCAAUGGUGCAUGCAAUUGUCCGUGUAUUUUGAGAGAUCGUAAAUUGCUUAACAAUUGAGAUCACAGUUUCAGGUUACUGUAGCUGUAGCAGGGUUCCUGUCACAAGAUUUAAGUGGAUUUAAGACAGAAACAACAUAUCGCCACAGGGGCAGCCCAAUUUUGUUAAAAUGAAUUACAUUUGAGCCGUCAAUGCCAUGUAACAGGUGACUCGGAGGGCAUCAGUGUGCCUUGUGCUGAUGCCUGGCACUAGUCCUCCUCUUCUGGUUAGUUGAGAAAAGGCAUGCGUGUGUGCGUGCAUGCUUGCUUGUUUGUUUUGCCCCACUUUAAUGCUGUUCGAAGCCUUUUAAAAGAUGCUUUGCUGCACUUGGCCAUCUUAUAUGAUUGGUUGAUUGGAAUUCCUAGCAUGAUUUAAGCACAGCUGCUAUUCUGUUGCGCACUCUAUAUGUAUUGCACUGAUUUAAGAUUUCUUUAUAGAUUUUUAAAGAGGUAGCUAAUUAAUUAGUUUUUAUUGUGUGCGAGUUAUUUCUGUGUAUGCACAGGUUGUGUGGGAAGCUGGUGUGUUCUGUACCCUGAUCGCGGUAGCAACAUGUUUUACUGUCGUUGUGUGUUCUUGUCUGUUUUGUGUCACUGUCCCAGACUGUUCACUGUCACAUACUGUAUUUUACACUGAUGGUAUGUGCAUAUCGAUUUAUCUUUCACUGAUGGUAUGUGCAUAUCGACUGGAGUUCAAAGGUUAGCCUUGGAACAAACCAUUCCUCAAACUAGCCCCUAUAACAGUUUGGGGAUUGGCUGCUUAGGGUGUGUUUUCCCUGUAGUUCGUUGGCCUGUUUGUAUGGAUUACCAACUUGCUGGCAUCACCUGUCACUUAGCAGAAUUUUUUUAACUUGACAGGUGACUGUUACCUGCGUGAGCAUGUGGCUGUGAUAGCACAGAAGUGUUUACCAGUUCACAUAGAAGUGUUAGCAAAUACCUGUGUCUCUAGUUUGGAAUUGUUAUUAAAACACAUUUUGCGGAUAAUAAGUGUUGGCCCAGGGAAAGGGUCUCAAACUCCAGUCCUGUUGGGCCACAGUAUCUGCUGUUUUUUGUGAUUUACUUUCAAUCAGCAGCCAGUUUAGGCCUUGGAAGUAAGGUGUGUAGUCUCUUUAGUUAGUCAUUGACUUUAAUUAAGCCCUUAAGUACAGGAACACGUACAAACCAGCAGACACAGCAGCCCUCCAGGAUUUGAGUUUGACAUCUCUGGAAGUUUCCUGUAUUUUGUCAUGGCAAACUACAUACAUGGUAUGGUUCACCAAACAUACAUUGAUUGUCUUUAAUUUCUGGGGUAUGAAAAAACACUGUUGAGCAGUUAUGAAUUGUGAAUUCCAAGUAGUAUAAGCUUCUGCCAUAAUACAUGAAAAAGAAGUUUUUUCAUCACUAAAAAAUAUUUAAAAUUCAGCAUGAGAAUCAUUACAUAAUUGCUGUGAAGAAGCUUCCUGUUACUAUGCAUUUGGUUUGUUGUUACAUUUUGUUGUGUUUGCUCAUAACUUUUUGUGUUUAUUACACAAGUAACUACUGUAAAAGUAAGUAUCAUUAUUGAUUUUGCUCCCAUUCCUGUCAGCCAAUCAGACCAGAUCCUGAAGGGAUAAUCCCUUCCCCUGUGCCCCCCUGGGAUGGCCACUCUACUGACACUACAGACUAUAAAACUUCACGAGCAUGUAAACAGUUCUCUCAUCCAGCAUUCUAUUACAGCAGCUGAGAGACUUGGAGAGCAUCGAUGAGGGAGCUGAAGAAGAAGGCUCCUGUAGCCUGUGUUAGUGUGGGCCUGAGAGCCAUGUUUGUAUGCCCGGUGUAGGAAGCUUUACAGACAGCAGUGGUGUGGUUCUGCCCUCUGCAGCCAUCACAGCAGAGGUGAAGAAUUGCAUUGUGAAAAGAAGCAGCUGACUGAUUGCACUUGUUUUGUGCAGAGAUAAUGAAAUCGGUGGAUCCUACUUCCUGCCCACAGGGAGCCAGGAAGCAUAACCAGAAAGUAUCUACCACUGCUUAAAAAAUUAAUAUUUACAGUCAGCUACAUCACACUUUUCCCUCUCUUCCACACACUUACCCAACAUCAUACAUUGCGGUUUUUGCCAUUUCAUUUGGGGGUUGUCACAACCUCAGCCUCCCCAACAUAAUGUGGGCUGUGGCAUUCUAGUGGAAAUACAUUGCACUGAGCACUAAAAUGAACAAACUGCUGCAGAGGAGACAAGCUGAGCUCUGAAUUUAAAAAGGGAAGUCUCAUUUUUGGGUCAGUUAAUGUUAAUGUUCCCACAAAGAAUCCUGAUAUCUGGGUGAUGACAUUUCUGAUAACAAUCAGGUUUUGGUAUCAUUUUUGUUAAGACCGUGGGUUGUAUUAGCUUUGUGGCACUCAAGGAUGACGGUACUGGCUGACAUUAGCCAGGCUUUUUAAAGGCCGUCGGCCUGACAUUCACGUAUUAUGAUGUGUAGGAGGCCAUUGUCAGCAGCCUGCACUGGAAUACAGUCAUUUUCAAUCUAAAAGCCAAAGUGUCACAGUGCCAUCCUGAAGUGAAAACUGCAGGCAGAUCUGCUGCAUCCCUGCAGAGCUCACAAACACAGAGGCAUUUAAACAAGCUGGGAGUUACAGCACUGUCUUUCCAUGAAAAUGGGUUUUAGUGCAGGGAUAUGGACCAAAGGCCAGGGUCAGUUAAACCAGGGUGUGGUUUGUCGCUUCAUUUGAAGUAGAGAUGCAAGGAAGUCAUGCAUUUCUUUUCUUAGAUAAUACUGAGGUGGAUGUGGCUGAAAUGAAAACAAUUUAGAGAGACAGAAGAGAAGUAUAUUAGCGUUGUGUAAAGGCAGUGGUCUACUGGGGGUAUUCAUCUACAGCCCUUGCUCUCCACAGCACAAGAGAAGAUAUAAUUAGCACACUGAGCUAGGGACUGAAGGUUCCCCUGCCAAGGGAACUAAUCGCUUUGUAGUUGAAGCUCCAAGGGCUGACAUUCUGUACAGGAUACUGACAUACAAUUCUGCAGCACCUGCUUAGAAUUAUUACCUAAAGUUCAGGACUACAUUGUGAUUAGACUGAAGCAGCUCUCAAAUCUUUCAGUAGCUGAUAGCUGGUUAUAAUUGGUAAAAAAAUAAAUCUUGGUUCACAGUCAUCUGGUCAUUCUGGGCGUAGUCUUCUUGUGAUUGAGUAUAAACAACAUUCUGUUUUUGUAUACAUUCCAAUCUAUGGAAUAUCUUAAAAAUCUUUAAAAACAUUUUUUUUUCCAAUUUGAGGCAUGGAUACCUGCUGUUGAAGCAGGUUCAGUUAAAAGUUCAAUUAAUUUUAUUGGAUUUAAUUACUUUUUAUUUUUAUAAGUGACUUUUUGGACAAAUUAAUACCUACACAAAAUGGUUUCUGAACUGAAUCAUUGGGAAACUUGUAUAUGAUAUUGCAUGAACAAAAUCAAUUUGAACAUACUGUACUUAAGUUUAUAAAUGCAAAUGAAAUCAUAUAUGUAUCCAUUUUAUUUAUGUGUGUGGAUAAAAUGUAUAAUGUGUGUAUUGUAACGUAUGUUAUCCUAUAAGCACAAUAAUUAAUGAUUGUAAUUUGUCUGUUGGGCCUUCAUGUUCUGCUGUGAUGUUGUACAUUAUGUUUAACUUGGCAGAUUAGGAAUACUGGUCAAUACUGUUGUCCUCAUUAAGUUGUGAGAUGAAGACUCAUUGCUGUCUGAAAGUUGUUCGUUCCAAUUACUUUUUCAGAUGAGGAGAGAAACAGAUGAGAUGGGGCUGAAUCUCACUGGGAAAAAACACAAAAAUUUAAAAAUAUUUUUUAGAAAUCACCUUCAUGCAUUUCACUUCGCUCCCCUCCCACACAUUCAUACAAUUCCGUGUCACUGAUGCAUGAAUAAUAAAAAUGUAUUUUAAACAG